CCAACACCCAGCUCCAGAGACACGACCUUGUCGUGCCAGCCCACAAAACUCUCAAACGUACGGUAGGUAUCUCCGUUCCAAAGAGGCCCGAAGCCAUGUCUGCUGAACUGAUUCUCGCUAUCGUUGGCGUGGCUGGUGGUUGUAUCCAGCUCGCAAACCAGGCCCUGUCGACGUGUAAGGCGUACAGAGAUGCACCGGCAGAUCUCGAAAAGAAGAUAGUCAUUGUUGAGUCGAUAUGGCCGAAAGUGCAAGCGCAGCUGCAAGUCGUCUGUCAAAUGUCGGACCAGGGGCUCUGGAACGACGAAUUGGCCGAUUGUCACUUUGCACUACUCCAACAACUCCAUGGGACGCUGCUGCAAGCCGUUUCGCGGUUGGAAAUGGCCGCAUCGGCCAUGGAGUCUCAAGACAAGAGCUCUAACAUAUUCCGCAAGUUCGGGCGCUGGAAAUACGCCCUCGCCAACAAGGCACUCAAUGCUCUCAUGACGGAGCUAGAAGCUUGGCAGAGCCGAUUUGAUCCGUCUUGGUAUCUUAUUGCUCGCAUUGCCAGCAAAGUGUUGGAUCCUGUUCUUGCUGAAUCCUGGAGGGACCGAGAGCAGGUCUCAAACUCGAACUCCAACGCUCGGCCGCUAGAAAACAUGCUUGCGCUUCGCAAAGCCUUACAAGAGCAGGAUGAGGGUACUGCUCAAGAUCCGCGAACACUCUAUCUUGAGGUCACCCAGAUCGUCCCCGUGAAGGAACUAACUAUGGACUUCACAUCAACAAAGGCCAUUCCGGUGGACAUCUCGUUGGGAACCAGCCGACAGGGCAUUGCCGAUGUUGAGAGUCUAGCCCGACGGCUGCAACACAUCGAACCCGACACGUUCGGUCUGCUUCGUUGUGAAGGGCUGCUGGGUUUGACAGAACCCCAAAACAGACGUCUUACAUCACUAGAUGUUGUUUACCGCGCCCCACGCUGCAAGCAACCCCCAAUCACACUCCGGCAACUCCUCUUGAACCAGCAGGAAGUCAGUCUCACUGCUGUUGUCAACCUUGCCAAGCAACUCGUCACCUCAGUGAGCUACAUCCACGCUUGCGACUUCGUCCACAAAAACAUCCGCCCAGAGAACGUCAUUCUCUUUCCCCCGUCCACCAACCCCAGAAACCCCAUCGGCACCGCCUACCUUCUCGGGUGCACGCACUUCCGCUCCAUCACGCACGAGACAAACCUCUACGGCGACUCGGCCUGGCACCGCAACCUGUACCGUCACCCCGCUCGCCAGGGGCUGGAAAUUUUCAAUGAGUACAUUAUGCAGCACGAUAUUUACUCGCUCGGUGUGUGCUUGUUGGAGAUUGGGCUGUGGAAGUCGUUUGUUUCAUAUCAGUCUCUCGAUAGUGGCAAUACCAGGCUGAAUGGGGACAUGGACUGGGAGAACGAGGACUGUCUUCAAUUGAGUAUGCCGUUGACGGAUCGGGUGUUUGAGAGGGUACAUCUCAAUAAAGGGGGGACGCUGUGGGUGAAGGAGGGCCUUGUGGCUAUGUCUAGGGAGUUGUUGCCCGCGAGAAUGGGGGAGAUGUAUACGGAUAUUGUAGUGAGUUGUCUGACGUGCUUGGACGAAGGGAAUGACGACUUUGCGGGUCUGGAGGAGAAUGGAGGAGACGACGGCAUCACAGUGGGUGUGAGGUUUGUAGAGAAGAUCCUAGCAAGAGUUGGGGAGAUUCGGCUUUAG